GACCGUCCAAAUCAUUUAAUUGGACUCAUUUGCCUGAUAUAAAAAAUCCCGGUUCUGGUAGCGAUCACAUGCCUUUCCUACAGAUCUCAGGAGUUCCUGUCAUUGAUAUGUAUUAUGAUUGCGAUGAUUCGUCACAUAUUAAGUGUUAUCCACUCUAUCACACAAUGUAUGACACUUUCAAUCUUAUAUCUAAUCUUACGGAUAAAGGAUUUAAAUACAGCAAAGCCUUAACUCAAAUAUGGGCAGAAAUGUUGAGAUCCUUAAGCGAUUCACCCCUCUUACCCUUCCGCGAUUCACUCCAAUAUUAUCCCCAUUUCUUAUAUCUAGCUUUGGAUGACCUAAAGAAUAAUUUUAUGUACGAAGCUAUCGAUGAUUUCGAUUCAGCUGUCAAUUGGUUCAUAAACUCAUCACAAAUUGUGUCNAUGGCCGACGCUAUCAAUAUGAAUGGAGUCACAGAAUCACUGGCCUAUCACUCGCAACAACACUACUUGACUGUGCCCUCACUCAUGGCAACACACAUGACACCAAUCAAUGAUUCGCAACAAAUGAGUUGUAGUGAAAACGGCCAAAACAAACCACACGAUAGCUUAGACACACCGCCAGUGAUGGACACCACAUCGAACCCCUUUGGGUGCACUUCAUUCUCCAUAUUGAAUAUAAAUGAUCAGUAG